AUGGCAGACACAGAAAACGAGUCAAAAUCCAAACCAGACCAGAAACUCUGCUGCACUGUGUGUUCCAGUGCUCUCAAUAAGGAUAAGCCCGCUACCUGUGGCCACUCAGUCUGUGCCUCUUGCUUGGGGAAGAAAGGUAAAGGCUGUCCUCAGUGUCUACAGAGCUCUGGCAAGCCUGAAACUGCACCUGUGGAACAGAAUGGAACGUUGAAUGGAAUGGUGGCCGAGUCUCCACCGGUGAUCAAAACCAAAGAAAAAUAUGAAAAGGACAUAGAAGCCCAGGAUUCAAAGACCGCAGAGGAAACAAUGAUACAGGAAGACCUGAAGGAAGCAGAGGACCCUAAAAAAACAGAGGAAGAGAAAAGGAAAGAGAAAGAGAAGCUGUUGGGACUCGAUGAUGUUGUGUGUGACUCAUGUAUGGAGACGAGCCCGUGCAUGGCCCUAAAGUCGUGCCACACCUGCCUUGUGUCCUACUGCGAGGCCCACCUCAGGCCCCACCUGGAGAACCCCAAGUUCCAGAACCACCGUCUGGUGGAGCCGCUGAGGGACAUCGAGAGACGGACCUGUGAAAUUCACAAAUGGCCCCUGGAGCUGUUCUGCUGUUCUGAUGCUGUGUGUGUCUGUCAGGACUGUGUGACAGAAGACCACAGGGGACAUAACACUGUUCCUGUGUUAGAGGCGCGCAGAACCAUAGAGAGGGAACUACGAGAUAAACAAACAGAGAUGGUGAAGACAGUGGCGGUAGCAGAGAAUGCCAUCAACCAACUCCAACUCAACACGGUUUCCUUUGAGAAUUCAGUGACGGAGGUCCGUGAGGUGAUUGACAGCCAGUUUAUGGAGCUGCAGGCUGCGGUGGAGCGGGCCAAGAGAGAGGUGACAGAGAUCCUGGAGGGAGAGGAGAAGCAGGCUCUCAGACAGACCGAGGGGAUCAAGGUACACCUGGAGCAGAAGUGCACUGAGCUGAAGAAGACACAAGAGCAUUUGAAAAAGCUCUCGAAGAACAAGAACGACGUGGACUUCCUACAAGAAUACUCUAAGUGGAAGAAGGACAGCCCUGACAUUACCCUACCUGGGGUCUACAUCGGCCUCAUGGACCGGCUCAACUCCUUCAGCAGAGUGAUUGUUACCUCCACACAGGAGCUGUGUGAGAAGCUGCUGUCCAAUUACAUAGAGACACUCAAAGAGACCUGCAAAAAUGACAAGAUGGGGAUAAAAACCACAGUCCAUGAAAUAAUCGCAGCCAAACAGAACAUGACUGUGCCAGACCCAAAGACGCGGGAUGACUUCCUAAAGUAUGCUGCGCUUGUGAGUUUUGACGCAGACACGGCCCAUAAGUUCCUGCGUCUGACUGAGGAGAACAGGAAGGUGACCAACACCACACCCUGGCAACACCCGUACCCCGAUGUCCCUGAGCGCUUUGAGAACUGGCGCCAGGUACUGGCCACAGAGAGCUUCUAUGUCGGUCGACACUACUUCGAGGUGGACGUGAGCGGUGAGGGCACGCAUGUCGGACUCACCUACAAGAGCAUCGAUCGCAAGGGCCCAAAGAACAACAGCUGCAUUACCGGCUAUGACUUCUCAUGGUGUCUACAAUGGAAUGGCCGCAGCUUCUCUGCCUGGCACAGUGAUGUGGAGACGCCUCUGAAAGUGGAGAAGUUCACACGUAUUGGGGUCUAUGUGGAAUUCAGCUGUGGCCUACUGGCCUUCUAUGGGGUGGAUGAUGCUGUCGGCAUGACCCUCAUUCACAAAUACAAGGCUGACUUUCUGGAGCCCCUCUACCCAGCCUUCUGGCUGUCGAAGAAGGAGAACGUGAUAGAGCUUGUUGGACCUGGGGAGUCGCUGACACUGAAAAGCCCCUCUCCUCCUAACUCACCCCCAAACACCGAUGUUGCACCCCCCAGCCGUUUCACAGUAUCUUCUGUUGUUGAUCAAUGA